AUGACUAAAGAAAACUUUAAGAAUAUUAUAGGAGCAAGCAAAAUGAGUCAAAUUGAACUAGGUGUACUUAUACCGAACUAUUUUCAAAAACUUUGGAACUUUUUCACGGAAGUGCAAAAGGAUAGUAGAAAUUUAAACAAAGACAAUACUUCCAGUCAACAAGAUGCGGAUAUGAAAUUAGAUGCAAUGGAUAUUGAAAACAUGGCAGUUAUUUUAAGAGAAGACUUGAGAGAAGAGUUUUCUGAUUGCGUACCUGCACCUGCCAGUUAUUAUAGUAUAUCGGAAAAUUCACAAGAAGUUUUACAUGUAACUUAUAAAGCAGAAGUCUAUGAUGCUAAAACUAAAAAUACGAGAAUUUCAGUUUUGUCCCAAUAA